AUGGAUUUCAUGGUUGGCUUGCCACAAACUUUUAAGAAACAUGACUCUAUUUGGGUCAUAGUAGACCGACUCACUAAGUCAACUCACUUUUUGCCAGUCAAAACAACUUACACAGUACCCCAGUAUGCAACAUUAUACAUAAAAGAAAUUGUUCAAUUGCAUGGUUCUCCUGAGUCCAUUAUUUCUGACAGGGGUGCUCAGUUUACUGCCCAGUUCUGGAAAAGUUUUCAGGAAGGUCUCGGAUGGUUUGAGAUAGGUGAAACGAAGCUUAUUGGGCCAGACAUAGUACAAGAUGCCUUGAGAAAAGUGAAACUAAUUCAGGAACGACUUAAAAUAGCUCAAAGCCGACAAAGGUCAUACGCAGAUAUAAGACGCCGCGAUCUUGAGUUCAAAGUGGGUGACUAUGUAUUUUUAAAGGUGUCUCCAAUGAAGGGCAUCAUGAGGUUUGGUAGAAAAGGGAAGUUUAGCCCGAAAUAUAUAGGGCCUUCUCCAAUUCUUGAAAGGAAUGGGCGUGUGGCGUAUCGUCUAGCUUUACCUCCUGUGUUAUCUUCAGUACAUCUAAUUUUUCAUGUGUCCAUGCUGAAAAAGUACUUUCACGACUCGAGUCAUGUAAUUGAUAGGCAGGACAUAGAGUUUGAUGAUGAUACUCUGUCAUAUGAGGAGGUCCCUAUAGCUAUAAUAGACAAGCAGGUUCGUAGACUUCGAACCAAAGAUGUUGCUUUGGUAAAAGUAAUAUGGAGCAACCAUUCAGCUGAGGAAGCUACGUGGGAGCCAGAAGAAGCCAUGAAGAAAAAGUAUCUCUAUUUAUUUGACAUUCAGGUAUUGCGGAUGCAGGUAACAAGGCACGUGGCUAGAGGAGAUAUUCCGGAUUUAGUUUACAGACUCCGUUGA